CACACAUCCCAGACGCAUCGACGCUCUUCACAGGUAGCUUCGCGAGCGAUCGAGCAGGGGGCGCGCAUGGCGACGACGGCGGGCGGCGAGGAGCUGUACGAGUCCGAGGUGCUGUGGCCGGAUCACCAGUCGCCACGACGCCCGCACGGCGUCCAGCCGCCGGCGAGAGCGACGGCGACGCCGGCUAGGCGGGGCCAGACGCCGUGCGCCGCCGCUCACGCCGCCACCGGGAGCUCUCGGCCGGUGGACAUUCCCAGGGCGGCGGCGCGCCAGUGGAGCGGCGGCGCCGAGCAGGCCGACGACGACGGCGGCUGCGGCACGAUGGUGCCGCCCCACGUGAUGGUGUCGCGGAGGCGAUCGGAGUCGGAGGGGGAGGCGUUCUCGCUGCGGUCGGGGACGGGGCGGGCGCGCCGUGACCUGAGCCACCUGCGCAACUCCGUGCUGCGGAUGACCGGGUUCAUUGAAGGAUGACACGGGGGCUGACGCCUCGUUUGUGCACAUAUGCAUGCGAGGUAGAGCGGACUGGUCGCGCCACACACUUGUUGUCUUCUCGGCUGCACUGGGUGCUCCCAUUCUUUUUGUUCGUUCCCUUAGCUGUGGUGUCAUGGUGUGGACGUGUGGUCCACGAACAAAAAAUUUGCUUUCGUGAUAGGAAGCUUCGCCAUGUGUGCCUCUUGAGAACAGAGGCUCGGUUAGGAUUUCUGAUUAUGGACUAAUUCAGGCGUGUUUUGUGUACAAUUCAUGAAAUGUAUUUUGAAAUAUCCACUUAUUUUG